AGGAGAGUGAGGCGGUAGGGUGCGGUGGGCCUGUGACCGAGCCCUUCCCGCUCUUCCUCAGCACAGUCUGCCCGCUGUGGCUGACACGAGUCGGAAGCCUGGCCUGGCCCUCGGCAUAGACCAGCCCAGGAGCAGAUGAGCAGGGACAUCUGCGUCAUCCACACCUGGCCGUGCACCUACUACGCAGAGCUCGAGAAGCGAUGGGUGCCAGGAAGACUGUCCUUGACGCCGCAGGCGCUCAGAUUCACGGCUGACAGCACGGGAGAGAUUCUUGUUGGCUUUCCCCUGUCCAGCAUCGCCGAGAUCAAGAAGGAGGCCUCGCACUUCAUCUUCAGCUCCCUCACCGUCCUGGAGAACAGUGGCGCCAAGCACUGGUUCGGUUCCCUACGGCCAAGUCGGAAUGUGGUCUUCAGCAUCAUCGAGCACUUCUGGAGAGAGCUGUUGCUGUCGCAGCCCGGACCCACGGCCGGGGCACCCGCCCCCAGGACCCGGGGGCAGGAGCUCACGGCACUCAUGGCUGGCUCCCAGAGGCGCCUGGAGGACACCGCGAGAGUCCUUCACGACCAGGGCCAGCAGCUGGAUGGCGUCAUGAGGGGCCUGGACAAGAUGGAGUCGGACCUGGAGGUGGCUGACAGAUUGCUAACGGAACUGGAAUCUCCUUCUUGGUGGCCCUUUGGCUCUAAACUUUGGAAGACACCUCCAGAAACAAAGCCCAGGGAAGGUGCCUUGGCGGCCAGUUGCGAACCUUUUGGAAAGGAAGGGAUAGUGAUCAAAAUUCCUGCCAUUAUUUCCCAAAGGACAGAGUCUCACGUCAAGCCAGGGAGGCUCACCGUCCUUGUCUCUGGGUUAGAAAUCCAUGACUCCAGUUCUUUGCUCAUGCACAGGUUUGAAAGAGAAGACGUCGAUGACAUUAAGGUCUACUCACCUUAUGAAAUUAGCAUCCGCCAGCGGUUUAUCGGAAAGCCAGAUGUGGCAUAUCGUGUGAUAUCCGCCAAGCUGCCGUUGGUCAUCCCCAUUUUAGAAAUGCAGUUCAGCAAGAAGAUCGAGUUGUUGGAAGACGCCUCAAUGCUCAGAAGCAUGAAAGCUUCUCCUGCUGCGGAGAAGAUCACGUCAGUCUGGCACGCAGCAUCCGGGCUGACGGGCUGCACCGCACACCGAGAGCCACCCUCAGGGGCCCAGGCGGACGGGCCACUGCAGCUGCAGAUGAGCCAGCCACUCUUCUCCGAGGGGGAAGCCAAGGAACUGGCCCAGAUCCUGAGGAGGAUGAAGGGGCUGGCCCUGGACGCGGAGACGGAGCUGGAGAGGCAGGACGAGGCCCUGGACGGCAUGGCCGCGGCCGUGGACCGGGCGACCCUGACCACCGACAAGCACACCCGGCGGAUGAGGAGGCUGAUGUAGCGCUGCCCUCGUCCCGCAGGCCUGCCCCGCUCCUGUCUCCACCCCGCACGUGCCCCCAAGACGAAGGCCUGGCAGGCGGUGCUCUCGUGACGCCCCAGGGGAAGCGUCUGCCUCACCUGGGGCCUGAGAUCCGGGGCCUCGAGCCAGCUUGGCGCUGCCUGCCCGGCGAGGGGCGGGCAGCCUGGCCCAGCGCUGAGGCUGCGUCCUCCUCUGCCGCCGUCUCUGUGAGCGUGAGAGGAAGACGUCAGUCCCGGGGCUCUCCCGGCAGGUGUCUGAGGCAGUUCUGUGAGUGGGGCAGGGGGCAGGAUCCCCGGGACGGCCCCUCAGCCUCCAGGGCACAGGCCUGCCCGCCACAUUCCCCCCGUCCCGCGGGUUCUCUCAUUACCCUGUUUCUAACCAAAAGUCAAAACAGCAUGACUGUACUUUAAAAAAAGAAAAAGUGUUGAUUUUGCUUCCACAGCUUUAUUUCCAUCCAGAAAUAAAAGGGAAGUGCUAGUUUGAGAACUUUCCUUAAAGAUGCA